AUGGGCGAUUAUGCCAGGACUCACAGUAACCUUACCAGGGACGAGGGCAGUGCCUCUCUUGAGCCAAGUGUGUGGAGCCUGGUUAAAGGUAACCUGGAGUUCAUGAUCAGACAGGCAUUUAGACGAACCCAGUUAGACAAGUUUUACAGUAACAAGGCUGUGGAAAAUGUGAGAAAUUUAACACUGAGGCUAGAGCACCUGCUAGAAGGACCCUUGAAAGAUGUGGCCCCUGGACAUAAUGUGGGAAAGACAAUCCAUCAGAAAGUCGAAGAGGCUGUCAAGGGAGCUGUGGGUGAAGCCAUGAAUGAACAAAACGAUACCAAUGCUUUUACGUCGAACGUGUCACUGGUGUCUUUGAAAGACAGACUUGUUGUGACUCUGGAAUCUGAAAUUGAGUUGGAUGUUUUCAAUAAAGUUCUCACCAACCACACAGGUGGCUUCCGACAAGAGGAAGAUGAGAACAGUUCCUUCUUGCACAGCCUGCAUCUGAAAGAUGAAACCAUGUUUGUUGUGCUCGUCUCCAUGGCCAUCAUCAUCCCUGGGAUUUUCAUCAGCCUCUUAAUAUUUUUCUUUUACAGGCGACAGAACGAUGCUAAAGAAAGAAGGCAGGAGAUGCUGCUGCAGGAUCAGCCAGAAUUUUCCAUGGAUGAAUACAACACUGAGGACAGGCAGCCGUCACUGAGAAUUGAGAUACCUGAUUUAGAUUUGCACAAUUUGAAGAUCUGA